UGUCGCUUCCGGCUUCACACACUCAGACAAACAGCGCUUUACUACGAACACAGAGGUGUCGAGCUGCACGCAUGACAACAGAAAACCUCCCCAGAAAAACUAUUUAUCCUGAGAGAAAACUGUGAGAGAGGAUUCCACUGGUCGGUACGAAGUGCUUUGAAGUUUUCCUAAAAAAAAUAGAGCCAGAGAGAAAACACUGCUGGAAGAGAAAGACAUUUUGAAAGCCUCUUCUGUGGAGGAGGAGGAGGAGGAGGAUUUUUUUUUGGUGAAAAAGGUGAAGAAGCGAGAGAGAGGACCCGGCGGCAGCGUCGAAACUAGUUCGUGUGUGUGGAAGAAGCCAAAAACAGAGAGAGAGAGAGAGAGAGAGAGAGACAGAGGGGAGAGCAGAUACUAAGUUGUUCUGGUGCACGAGGAGCCGCAUCUUUGCAUGUUGUGUGUGUUUCUAGUGUCAGACACGCAGACAGAGGAGAGUCAUCCUCUGUUCAUUACUAUUGGUAUCUGGCUGUAAUAUCACUCAGACCAAUAAAAGUGUCCCGGAGAAGCCUUGAAGAGGACAGCGCAGAGUGUGCUGCCGCUGCUGACUGAAUGCAGAGGAAACACUGAAAGCUGUUCUCCAAACCUCCCUGCAGCUUCAGGGGAGAUUAUCAGAUGUGUACCCAGCACUCAAAACCCCUGGCCUGGCCGCGGGGAUGGCAGCCUCUGCCCUGAACCUGAACGGCCUCGGAGUCAUGAACAGCAGUAAUCAGUUUCACACCCAGCCAGGCUCCUCUAGUACCACGUCUGCAGCUAGAACUAGUCCAGUGGGUCGACCUGUGCUGCCGGUUCCAGAUCGGAGCACCUACUGUCAGUUACUGGGUGGGGGAGCACUCUACAGCCCGACCAGUCCUAAGACAAGCCCUAGAACCCUGGGUCGAACCUUUGUCUUCCCCCCUUCGCUCUCCCCCAGCCCCACCCCUCGUGCUCGUUCCCCCUCCCCGCGAAGCCCGGAGCUCCUAGGAGUCAAUGUGGGCCAGCGGGUCCGACGACUGAGCUCACCCGGCGGUGAGGAGAGAGGGGAAGGAGAAGGGCAGGAGGAGAGGGGAGGUGAGACGGGAGGAGGAGAGAAGCGAGAGGACAGGAGACGCCAGGCACAGCUGCUGCAGAUACACAGAGAGCUGCAGAACGUCGAGGUCAGGGGAAAAGUUGGCAUUUUUGAGGCGCACAUUUCCGGAAUUCGCGCCCAGGUGCUUAACAGUGAGCUCCAGCGCAGCCCUCGGUCUCCAAGACGAUCGACAAGCGAAACCCCCUCUCAUCCCAGCCAGCAAAACACAGUCCUUGAAUGCCCAAUGACCCACCCACAAGAGAGUAAAGUUCCCCCUGUUGUUCAGAAUGGAAGCGAGAGGGAAGAAGAAACAAUGGGAGGAGAAAGGAGAGAAGGAGGGAAGGAUGAAGGUGAGAUGGACAGCAGUGCUACUAAAACAAACACUGAGAACGAGACAAUGAUUGGUCAAAAUGGACGCCAUUUAGGAGCAACAAUGCAAACUCCCUGUUUAGAUGGACCGUUUGUCAUUCCGGGUUCCCUUGAGGCAUUAAACCCUGAUGCAACCACAGACAGAGAGAAAACAGAGGGAGAAAGACUGAGGGAAAUGGAGGGAGAAAAAGGCGGAGGGGAGGUAGAAAACACACAAAUGUGGGGAGACGAAAGAGAAUGGACAGAGAGAGAAGUGAGAGAUGAGAAAGUGGACCGGUUGUGUCUUGAGAUGCCGCUCCAGACAGAGGCAAAGAGGUUGGAGGUUAACCCGGAAACCCCUGCUUGUCCUCGGGCACAAAGCAGUGAGAGCUCUCCUUCUUUGCUGGACAUCACCAAUCACACCUCAAACCACUCUGCCUCCAUCCCUCCCUCCAUCCCUGCAGUCAUAAUAACUGACCAUGGUUUGGAAAGCCAGCCUCAAACUUCUGAAGGCCCUGGCUCAGACCAGGGACUAUGCUGCACCCCUAGCCCCAGCUCUAGCCCUGUCCCUGGUUCGAACUCCUCCACCCGCUCCCUCAGGAAGCUGUCAUCCUCCUCUGCCUCCUCGGCUGGUUUCUCCUCGUCUUGGGAAGAGUCGGAGGAGGAUGUUUCCAGUGAUACGGAGAAAGGAGAGCAGCUUCUCAACCCGGCACUCCUCAGUUCUAAACAGAAAGCGCACAAGUCUUGGAAGAAGAUUAAGAACAUGGUCCACUGGUCACCGUUUGUCAUGUCCUUCAAGAAGAAAUAUCCCUGGAUACAACUGGCUGGGCACGCAGGGAGCUUCAAGGCGGGAGCCAACGGCCGUAUAUUAAAAAAACACUGUGAUUGUGAGCAGCGCUGUUUGUCCCUCCUGAUGAGGGAUGUGCUGCGCCCAUACGUCCCUGGUUACCACGGAGACGUAGAGAAGGACGGCCAGAAAUACAACCAGAUGGAGGAUCUGUUGGCAGAGUUUGACUACCCGUGUGUGAUGGACUGUAAGAUGGGAGUGAGGACCUACCUCGAGGAAGAGCUGACCAAGGCUCGUAAGAAGCCCUCUCCGAGACCCGACAUGUACCAGAAAAUGAUCGAGGUCGACCCUGAGGCGCCUACGCCGGAGGAAAGCGAGCAGAAAGUGGUGACCAAACCUAGAUACAUGCAGUGGAGAGAGACCAUAAGCUCAACAGCCACCCUGGGAUUUAGGAUAGAGGGAGUCAAGAAGGAGGACGGGACAGUGAACAGAGAUUUUAAGAAAACAAAGACGAGAGAGCAAGUUACUGCAGCCUUCCACGACUUCGUCAAAGGAAAUAAGGACAUACUGACCAGUUAUCUAACCAGGCUGGAGGAAAUCAAAAAAACUCUGGAGAUCUCCCCAUUCUUCAAAACCCAUGAGGUUAUUGGCAGCUCUUUGUUAUUCGUUCACGACAGCAAAGGACGGGCCAAAGUCUGGAUGAUCGACUUUGGGAAAACCACGCCUCUUCCUGAAGGGGAUGAACUUACCCACCGAGCAUCGUGGGUAGAGGGCAACAGAGAAGAUGGUUACCUUUUUGGACUUGAUAGUUUGGUGAACAUCAUUUCAUCCAUGGUAAACUCUGAGACUUGAAGUCUGAGCGAACAUUCGGACACACGACAACCACUUCCAUUCAUUCUUCCAACACUUUGGACUUCCUCAAGGAUUCCUUAACAGUUCUCAUGAUGGAAACCACAUCAUACCAUAACAGUGUGUGGCCAAAUCCAUUCAUGGAUGCAACCUGUCUAUUCAUGUACAGUGGAUUUCAGGAUCUUGCUCUUCCCCAUCCAUAUCCCAUUGUGAUGUGAUCCUUAUAUCCUCAAGACCAGGCCGUAAUAGGCCUUUUUCACAGCAGACAGUUUAA